AUGGGGUCCCUGGAGGAGCUGCUGCUGGAGGGCAAGGUCUAUGAUGAACUGGCCAGGCCUCUGGAAGGUCAGAGAAGACACCAGGGAGGUGUGAGACUGAAUUCGCUUCAGGAACUUCAGCUCCUGGAGAUCAUGUGCAAUUAUUUCCAAGAGCAGACCAAGGAUUCAGUCCGGCAGAUCAUCUUCUCCUCUCUCUUCAGCCCCCAGGGGAACAAGGCAGAUGACAGCAGGAUGGCUCUGCUGGGAAAGCUGGUUUCCAUGGCCGUGGCUGUGUGCAGGGUUCCUGUUCUGGAGUGUGCUGCCUUCUGGCUGCAGCGCACCCCCGCCGUGUUCUGCGUGAGGCUGGCCCGGGCUCUGGUCGAUGACUACUGCAACUUGGUGCCAGGCUCCAUCCAGACACUGAAGCAGAUCUUCAGUGCCAGCCCUCGCUUCUGCUGCCAGUUCAUCACCGCCGUCACUGCCCUCUACGACCUCUCCUCAGAUGACCUGAUCCCUCCUACGGAGCUGCUGGAGCUGAUUGUUUCCUGGAUCUUUGAAGACCCUCGUUUGAUCCUCAUCACCUUCCUGAACACUCCUAUUGCAGCCAACCUGCCCAUAGGGUAUCUCGAGCUCACCCCGCUCACCGGACUCAUCCGCUGGUGUGUGAAGGCUCCCUUGGCUUACAAAAGGAAGAAGAAAGCCUCCCUCUCAAAUGGCCACCCCCCCAGCAAAAUCCCCAAGGACUCGACUUCUGAAGAAGACAAAGAUUGCCACCAGCUGUACUCAAAACUGCAUCUCAGUGUCCUGCAGGUGCUUAUGAUGCUUCAGGGGCAUUUAACGGAGAAGAACCUCUACGGGCGCCUGGGGCUGGUGCCCUUCGACCACGUGGUGCCACUCGUGGAGGAAAUCAACAGACUGUCUGAUGAACUCAACCCUCUCAAUGCGUCCAAAGAGAUAGAACUGGCUCUGGACAGGCUGGCUCAGGCCUUGCAGGUGGCCAUGGCAUCGGGAGCGCUGCUGUGCACUAGGGAUGACCUGAGAACUGUGUGCUCCAGGCUACCACAUAACAACCUGCUCCAGCUGGUGAUUUCAGGUCCAGUCCAGCAACCGACCCAUGGCACUCUGCCCCCAGGAUUUUACCCUCACAUCCAUACUCCUCCUCUGGGCUACCCGGCGCUCCCGGCUCACCCGGCGCUCCCGGCGCACCCCGUCCAAACCUUCAUACCAGGAAUGACAUUCCCAUACCGACCUAUCCGCUAA